AUGUCCUACAAACAUAUCGGGAUUCAGCUGUUGACAGUCUAUAUGUGUCUGUGCCAAGUGUUAGCUGAACAUCCAUGUGGGGAGAAUCCGCUUCGCCGUUUCGCAUCUCUGACAAGGAUCCUCAAUGAUCUCUAUCCUGGGAGAGAAAUCAACCCGGCCAUGGCUUUACUCAGGGAUUCGAACCCUGAGCUACACAGACGACUGCUGCCUGUGGUGUCACGGUUGGAGUCUGAGUGGAGGCUCUAUACAGACUGCGUGACCAUGGUGGACAAUGGCUACUUCAAACGCUCUGGCCUGUCAAGUCCUGCUGAGAACGGACAGCGCGGUAAGGGACAUCGAAACCUGAAAGGAAACAAGCCAUGGAGCAGGGAAGCCUUCAGCAGAAGCGGACCGAAUGAUGUUCAGAAGGGGACCUUCACGAUAGAUGAAUCGCCCGUAUUCGACUCCACUUCAUGA